GGCUUUUCACGAGAGGCCACUAUACCUGGUCAGAUUCUGUCUCACAGAGUCACAGUAUACACCAUUAGCCAUCACUUGUCAGUAAGAGCUCUGAGCAACCAUGGCGGAGAUAGUCACCGGGGCGAUGGGCACUCUCCUGCCCAAGCUGGCCAACCUCAUCAAGGAGGAGUAUAACCUACAGAAGAAAGUGAGGGGUGAGAUCAUGUUCCUGGAGACUGAGCUCAAGAGCAUGGAGGCUGCUCUCAUCAAGGUCUCCGAGGCACCCAUCGACCACCCACCUGACGUCCAAGUCAAGCUCUGGACAAGGGAGGUGAGAGAGCUGUCCUACGACCUCGAGGACAGCAUCGACAGAUUCAUGGUGCGAGUUGGCGAUGGCAAGCCACAUAGUUUCAAGGGAUUCAUUGAUAGAAGCCUCCACCUGCUGACAAGGGGCAGGAUUCAACACAGCAUCGGCAUAGACAUCAAGGAGAUCAGGAGCCGCAUAAAGGAUGUGAGUGAACGGCGUGACAGGUACAAGGUUGAUCUGGUUCCUUCCAAGCCUGUUGGCAGAAGCAUUGACAACCUGCGGCUGUCGGCUCUUUACAGAAAGGCGACAGAACUUGUUGGCGCCGAAGAGAAGAGCAGUGACCUUGUGAAAAGGCUCAUGGAGGGCGACAAGGAGGCAUCCAAGCAGCCAGUUGUACUGUCUAUUGUUGGCUUUGGAGGGUUAGGCAAGACUACUCUUGCUAAUCUUGUGUAUGAGAAGAUUAAAGGGCAAUUUGUCUGUGGGGCAUUUGUUUAUGUGUCUCAUAAUCCUGAUGUCGUCAAGGUUUUCAAAAACAUGCUCUACCAGCUUGAUGGAGACAAAUACAGGGACAUCAAUCAAGGAACAUGGAGUGAAGAACAACUAAUCUGGGAACUGAGGAAGUUCCUUCUACACAAGAGGUACUUUAUUGUCAUUGAUGACAUAUGGAAUACUUCUGUGUGGGAAACAAUCCAAUGUUCUUUGAUGCACAAUGAAUGUGGAAGUAUAAUAAUCAUCACAACUCGUAAUAUUGAUGUUGCAAAACAAGCUGGAAGUGUUUAUCAAAUGGAACCUCUUUCUCUCAGCGACUCAACAAAGUUAUUCUGCCAAAUAAUUUUUGGCAGUGAAGACAAAUGUCCUCCAGCUAAUUUAGCUGAAGUGGCUGGUAAAAUCUUACAGAAAUGUGGUGGUGUACCAUUAGCUAUCAUUACCAUGGCAAGUAUGCUAGCCAAUAAAACUGGAAAGGAAAUAAACACACAUAGCUAUUGGUCACAUGUGUACCAAUCCAUGGGUUAUGGUCUAGAUGGCAGUACUAAUGUGAAGAAUAUGAGAAGGAUACUAUCAGUUAGUUACUAUGACCUACCUUCACAUCUAAAGACUUGCUUGUUAUACCUAAGUUUGUAUCCAGAGGACUACAGGAUUAGAACAAGAGGUCUGAUAUGGAAAUGGAUUGGUGAAGGUUUUGUCCAUGAAGAACAAGGGAAGAGCCUAUAUGAAGUAGGUAAGGAUUAUAUUGAAGAGUUAGUUAACACAAGUAUGUUAGAACCUGUCGGGAUUGGCCAUGAUGGUAAGACCGUAUCUUGUCGGAUACAUGAUAUGGUCCUUGAUCUUAUCAGUUUCUUGUCAAAUGAGGAGCAUUUUCUAACAAAAGUAGGUGGGCAACAACCCGUAUCUCUUGAUCUGCCUAAAAAGGUCCGCCGGUUAUCCCUCCAAAUUAGCCAGGAAGAGGAAGCCAAGCAGCUAGCUACAAUGAGCUUCUCCCACGUAAGGUCACUUACUGUGUCCACUGAAGUUUUCCAGUUGACGCCAAAACUUUCGGCCUUUCUGGUCUUACGUGUAUUGAAUUUAAAGAAAUGUAAUGGAGUGAACAAUCACCACUUUAAAGAUAUUUGCAAUAUGUUUCAGCUGAGAUAUUUGAGUCUCAAUGCGAAAUUUAUUACUGAGAUCCCAAGGGAGAUUCGGAAUCUGCAAUUUUUGCAAGUACUUGACAUAACUAAUCUUGGGCACAAAGUAAAGAUGACAACCAUUAUUCACUUGCGACAGCUGUUGCGGCUUUGUUCUAGGUCUGGGUGGAGCAUAAAACAGCUAGACGGAUUUGGAAAACUAACCUCUCUACAAGAAGUUAAAGGGACCAUAACUAUCGAGUCACCAAGCAUGCUGCAUGAUCUGGGGUGUCUGACCAAUCUCAGGACCUUGGGCAUCAACUUUCGUGAUUGGGAUGAGAGCUAUGAGGAACCUUUCAUCCAAUGUCUAUCUAACCUUGUCAGCCUCAAAUCCAUGAAAAUAAAAGGUACCAUGAUGAGCAGCCUAUGUUCCGAAUGUGACAAAUUGUACCCUGGUCCUCAACAACUUUGCUCCAUUGAUAUGAAGUCACUUGCAAGAACUGUCAUCAUGACUAGAGUACCAAGAUGGAUGUCAUCACUCUGCUCCCUGUCUAGCAUAAAGAUCACAUUAUUAGCUCUGGGAGUACAAGAUAUCCAUGUCCUUGGGAGCAUACCAUCUCUACGUUGUCUCAGUGUACAUGUGAAGGAAACCAGAGAUGAAAGGUUGGUCAUUGACAAGUGUUAUCCAUUCCGGUGCCUAACUGAGAUGCAAAUCGAUUAUGAAUCCAUGGCGGUGGUGUUCGCACCAGGGAGUAUGCAAAACCUCAAAGAACUCCAUUUAUUGUUCGGGGUGAAAGAGGUAAUGCAUAAGUACGGUGAUUGUAACUUUGGUUUGGAGCACCUCAUGUCACUUGAGCAUGUCUCUGUUAAAACAAUGUACACUAUCAUGCCCGAGGAGGUGGAGGCCGUAAAAGAUGAAUUCCAGAAAUCCCUGGACAUGAAUCCUGGCAAGCCCACGUUGAUAGUAGAUUAUUUGUAUCCGAAAGAAAGGAAGAUUAGGUCUCAAGCACAAGCAAUAAGAGCAGCAAUUUUGUUCGCUAAUGCAGGCCGCAUCCCUGCUACUGACUGAAGGAUUAUAAACAUUCUCUAUCGCCUUGCUAAUAAACUGCAUAUUCCCUUCUCUAAUUGGCACUGCAUUCUCAACGUCGCAUGGGUACUAGUGGCAAAUAAGCUCUCUGAAGUCAUGAAUUUUCUACAGAUAAUGUAACUGCAGUAAAUGUCUACGCGCGUGUUUGUAAAAAAGAGUUCAAUAUCUACCUUGUAAAUACGCCAUGUUCAUACUCAUACAGUAUAGUACUAUGGGAUGAGCAACAGCUAACAGUAGCUCCAAGCGUUGUAAUCAGUCUAACACUAGCUCCAAGCGUGCCCACUCCCCCACCCACACCAAUACACCAUAUACUGUGUACUAUGGGAUGAGCAACAGCUCCAACGGUCCUUCUAACAGUUCUUCCAUAUACGGGGGAAAGGAAACUCUCACCAUAAAUGUACGGGGAGCACGAUUCAACUCCUAUACAUUAAUGAUAUUAUUUCUUUGCGA